GUUCAAACAACAUUAUCAAACCAAACAACAUUCUCAAACCACAAGUUCACAACUACCACAAACACAAACUAGCAAGCACUACAAUGUUCACAAACAACGUUUCAUAUCGUCAAACAACACCAAAUGUAGAUAAGUCUACAUUCUGCAAGUCGUCCCCUUCAUCUUCUUCAUACUGCCAUGCUAAUUACCCUUCCUAAGAAUGAAGGUAACAUUCUAUUAUCCUAAUUACCAUCUUCCUCCAACUUGGCCUAUAUUCAUUCUAAUUUUGCCAUUCAUUCAAAGAUGGGGGAAGCGUGUUCGCGUCCAACCAUACCUGCUGCCGCCGUGUCUUCUUGAGCAGUGGAGGGAGUCGCGUGCCGGUGCCGGAGACGCGUGCCAGAGCAGCGGCGGAGUAGUGGCGGAACAGAGGCGGAGAAGCCUGGAGCAGAGAAACCGCAGAGCAGCGCGGAGCAGUCGCUGCCCUGGUCGCCGGUCGCCGCCUCGCCGGUCGAGAAGAGGGAGGAUCGCCGGGCCCUGGUCGCCGCUCGAGAAGAAUACGCCGGUGAGGAAGAGGAGGGAGGAUGGCCGGGCUGGUCGUCGCUCGAAAUGAAAUGGGAGGUCGCCAGCAGCAGCAAACGAAGGAGGACGAAGCGGCGAGAAGAUUAGGGUUUUGCUUUU